AUGUCCCCACCGAACUUCAACAUCGUCUCCACGGCUCUACCGCGUUACUACGAUGAGGAUCAGAAAGGCUACGUAGCAGACGAGAAGCACAAAGCAUACCUCGAUCGCCUCGCCGCUGCCCAGCCUGAUCAUCCAAGUCGCGGUAAUCAGCCAUUUCCAUUCAUGAGGCUUUCGGCAGAGCUGCGCAACAAGAUCUACGAUCUUGCCACGGACGUGGAUGUAUAUCGGCCAAAGAUUCGUCCCAGGGAUGGAGAUAAAUGCGGCCCACGAAAGACUCUCCGCACUAACGGCGCCAAAACUCGACAUCAGGAUCCAAGACACCAAUACAUCUUCGUGGGCAAGGGUCCAAGACUCAUUGGGUACUCAAAGCCAGCCAAGCCAACUCCUGUUCCAGGGAUUUUGGGCGCCAACAAGCAGGUCCGCGAAGAAGCUCUGUCCAUAUACUAUGGUGCUGCGGGAAAUAUGUUCAUGUUUUAUGGCUGCAGAUUUGAAAUCGUCGCGAAAUGGAUCACAGACACGGUCGGCAAGAAUAAGUGCCAUCUCCACUGCGUGAUUUGGCAAGGCUGUUCAGCUCUCGUCGAUGAAGAGGUUGUUGCGCUUGCAGCUAUGUUCUUGCUGGAGCAGACAGGACUCCUCAAGAAUUCGACGCUCUGCCUCUGCAACACAGUAGGCAUCCAUGUCCUGUGUGGAGUUAAUGAAUUCGUGGAAGGGCUCGUCAUCGAUGGCAAGGCUUACGGCGAGACCAAGGAAGAGCUCGACGAAAUGACAUUUGCCGAACUCGAGUCUCUCCUUAGCAAAGACGUGCUCCAAUGGUGGCAGGAUACACCCUUCAAGGAAUACCAGACGACCAGCGACUGUCCUAUCUGCACUCCCUCGACCACAGAGGAAACGGCCGUCAAGGCCGACAUACAAUGA